GUCAGCCCACUCCACCUCCCACUGAGCCCACCCCAUGUCAGCCCACUCAACCCAACCCAGGUACAUGUCAUCACACCCCCUGAUGACACUACGGAGGAGGUGGACACUGCACCCGCUGCCAGUCAGGACACGGAGGAUGACGAGUACAUAGGACCUGAUGGGGUUAGUGGAUACCAGCACGUCCUCCUGGCCAGGAGUCUGCUGAGGCUGCUGGAGGGGCCAUGGAUCUCCAAUGGGCACAUAGAUGACAUCAUGGCUCUCUGGGGAAACCUUCCAGAGAGACAAGGCAGCAGUCUCCUCCCCCGAGAGCUCCCUGCUUGGGCAAGGCUCUGGACCUGCUCAGUGGCCCAACACCAACAGGACAGUAGAGGCCAUUUUUGUUGAGCUGUGCCACAAACACCCUGCAGGCAAGAUGGUGCUUGGGAACCGGGUCAACAGGUGGGCUGCUAUCCUGGGGGAUUACAAGAGAAUCAGGAUCAUGGUGCUGGGCAGCCCAAACCUGAUUACCCACACAAGACUGCAACUGUUCCAAGUCAACAAGUUGACCUUGACAGUGGUACAACAAACCGAUGUCCCCCAUGGAGAGAGUGACACUGCACCAGACCCGGGACAGCAUGACUGCAGAGAAGGAGGAGUCAGGCCCCUUCCACGCUGCAGUCAGGAGCACAUCACUGCUGCCAGCCCCAUCAACCAGCUUCCAGAGGACAGAAUGGGGCAGGCUACACAGCGUGGUAGAGCAGCCACUAGUCAGUCACUGCCACCUCUACCGCCACCUAGUCUGCCUACCACCUCCUUCCCUAUUUCUCCAGUCUCCCAAGACCUGCCCUCGACCUGCACUCCUCUGCCCCCUCCUGCUAGUGGACCCAAGGUAUCCAGGACCACCGAAUGGAGGAAGAGUCUGGGAAUAAAGUCAGGGAGCACAAGCCGUACGAAGGAUACAACUGCUCUAAAUGUGGCAAACCCAAAACUUGUGAAUUUGGACACAGUGUGAAUGGAACUGUGAGAUUCUGUGCUGCUACUUCUGGUGGUCAA